GGUAUGGGAGAUCAGAGAGAACCGACAAUGGUGCAGAAGUCGACUUCAUUCACCAUCAAGAGUCUCCUGCUCCCAUCGAAAUUUGACAACCUGGGCUCAGAGGAAGAGAAGAGAAGCGUCCCAGCUGUGGGAUCGGACUCCCCAGGAAAAUCCCCAGAACCAACAGAAAUGGAGCCCGCAACUUUUGAACAGGAGCAGCCCAGAGAUGAAGAGGAACCAGCCUCCGAAGCAGACCAACCCCCUAAACCGGGCAAGAAUCGGAAAUAUGACAAACCCCCAUUCAGCUACAAUGCUCUCAUCAUGAUGGCUAUACGACAGAGUCCUGAAAAGCGUCUAACUUUGAACGGUAUCUAUGAGUUUAUCAUGAAGAAUUUCCCCUAUUACCGGGAACACAAACAAGGCUGGCAGAACUCAAUACGGCACAACCUGAGUCUCAAUAAAUGCUUUGUAAAAGUACCACGGCAUUAUGAUGACCCGGGAAAGGGAAAUUAUUGGAUGUUAGAUCCUUCCAGUGAUGAUGUCUUUAUUGGUGGAACUACAGGAAAGCUUCGGCGCCGGUCGGCGACCUCCAGGGGGAAACUGGUAAUGAAAAGAGGACUCCGCUUUGCUCCACUUGGUCUUGGACUGGGUGAACGGGCAAGUAAUCCUUUGUACUGGCAGCUGUCACCCUUCCUACCAUUGCAUCACCCGCACUACAAUGGAACUACACACGGAUUCCUAAAUCAGGGACACACGUAUGGUUCCCUCCUUCCCAGCGUGGAACCACUUACUAACGGGGAUGUAUCUCGACCAAUUCUUGGAGCCUCUGCCGGAAGCAUCAAUUUGUCAAACGGUUACGGUGUGAGCACGUCUCCCGCUGGGUUACUAUCUGGACACAAUGGUUAUUUUGUACCUGGGGCACAGCAAUCUCAGUCUCUGCAAAGUGGAUCAGGGUACGGAAUUUCUAGCUCGCCACCUACACUCAUUUCGGAUACGCUAAGAACUAACUUACCGUCCUUUACCCCACCACUUUCGGGUGGAUUUUCAGGAAUGCUACCGCACCAUAAACGAGUUGCGCCGAGUUCAUUCCUUAGCUGA